UCCCCACACAAUAUGAGUCCACGUUUCGCAGGUUGCUCAGCUAGUGAGGCCGCGGUUCAGUGUUCGAACUUCGGACCUAUAAACGUGGAAAUUUUUGAUUUACUUGAUGCAUUUUGAGCAGUUGUUUCUCGAAUUUUUAACGUCUCUAUCUGACUUCACAGAGUAUACAAUCCAAGAUUGAACGAGUCUUACAGAGGAGGCGUGUUGCACGACCUUAAUUUUUUCACCUAAUUAUCACGCGCAGUGCUUCUCAUCUGCUCGACGAAAGUCCUCACCAACACUCUUAAUCUUAAAACACAAGCUCCGUUUCAGUUUUUCUUGCUUUCCGCAGCAUGCGCGACAAAUUCCUUUUUUCAACACCAUUUCUCAUGGUUCUGGAAUAUAGCAAACGUUGCGAGGAAACAUAAUUGUUUUGAAGUUUUGAUGGCUUUGGAGUCCGUGGUUGUCUUCGGGGGCAUUAUUCCGCAAUUGGGUUUGAAAGAUUUGGGGUGUAAGCCAUCUGGGUUUGCAUUGAAUUGGGUAAAUGGGUCAGAGAAAGUGUGCAAGCGGAUGCGUUCUGGUGGGUUUUCAGGUUUCUCAGCUUGCCGGUCAAUGCGGUCUGUGGAAGACGAGAACAAGUCCAAGCGGGGAACGAAGUUGCAACGAGUAGUUGAUCAGACGGAGAACAAUGUUUCAAGGAGAUUGCAGAAAGAUUUGAGCUCGUUGCCAAAACCAUUAUCUGUAUCUGAUCUUUCUUCUACUCCUAAUGAUGGUUCAAAGAUGCAAGUAGCAUUCAAGGGGUUCCUGGGGUCGUACAGUGAGGAUGCUGCACUAAAAGCCUACCCUAAAUGUGAACCUGUUCCUUGUAACGAGUUUGAAGAUGCAUUUAAGGCUGUUGAACUAUGGCUGGCUGAUAAAGCAGUUCUCCCAAUUGAGAGUUCUUCAGGUGGAAGUAUCCAUCGCAAUUACGAUUUACUCCUUCGUCAUAGGCUUCACAUUGUAGGUGAGGUGCAGUUGGCUACUACUCUCUGCCUUCUUGCUCUACCAGGUGUCAGAGCGGAGCAGUUGAAACGUGUUCUAAGCCAUCCACAGGCACUUGCCUUAAGUGAUAUUCUCCUGAGUAAGUUAGGUGUUGCCAGGGAAAAUGUUGAUGAUACAGCGGAGGCUGCUCAGUAUGUAGCCUUAAAUGGCCUGAGGGAUGCUGGCGUUAUUGCAAGUGCUCGAGCUGCAGAAAUGUACGGGCUUAACAUACUUGAAAAAGGAAUCCAGGAUGACUUUGAUACUAUCACUCGUUAUCUGGUACUUGCAAGGGAUCCAAUAAUUCCAAGAGCUACUAAGCCCUUCAAGACAAGCAUUGUAUUUACUUUGGAUGAAGGCCCUGGAGUUUUGUUUAAAGCCUUGGCAGUGUUUGCACUGAGGGACAUAAAUUUGACUAAGAUUGAAAGUCGGCCGCAGAGAAAACGGCCAUUAAGAGUAGUUGAUGAUUCCAACACUGGGAGUGCCAAAUAUUUUGACUACCUUUUCUAUAUUGAUUUUGAGGCUUCUAUGGCAGAGCCCCGUGCACAAAAUGCUUUAGAACAUAUGCAGGAAUUUGCAACAUUCCUUCGCAUACUUGGUUGCUAUCCCAUGGAUACAACAAUAUAAUUUCUGGUUGCUUUGCAGUCCACGCAUACCUGUUCAAGCCAGUGGCAGUGGGGAAUUUGUUCAAUUUAUGAAUAGUAUAUGGGAUCUUCGAAUAGACAAGGUUGCAUCAGUACCAGACCGUGGUUGAAUGAUUGGUCUCUGAUCCCACAUCACACUUUAUUUAAGCAAUUUAGAUUUGUCUAGCAUGUUCAUGAGCAAUUUGAAUACCAUGGAGGUACUUCCUUGUUCUCUUUUCUCCUUAUAGCUAAGUGCUUUUUCUUAUAUACUUCCUGCGCAUAUGAGGACGCUUUACACUUUUUAUAUACAUCUUGAUUACUUUUA